AUGGAGGACCCACAAUUCCUUGCACGUUGGUCGCCAUUUUGAGAGUAAUAAUCGGCACCUAGCUUUGCAGGUGGUCACAAUGUUGAGGGCGUGUUCACCGUUAGCCAGACUGUGGAGUACAUCCUCCAGGCUUGCUGCUGCCACAACAUGUCAGCGCAUGAACUCAUCUGCUGCUCCGGCAUCGCAAAAAUUAGAAGUUUUUAUUGAUGAUAAGAGGGUGCUAGUUGACCCAGGAACAACUAUUUUACAGGCAUGUGCCAUGGUGGGAGUGGAAAUUCCUCGUUUCUGUUACCAUGAACGCCUCUCUGUUGCUGGAAACUGUAGGAUGUGCUUGGUUGAGGUGGAGAAAUCACCAAAGCCCCAAGCAGCCUGUGCUAUGCCUGUAAUGAAUGGAUGGAGGAUUAAAACAGAUUCGGAGAUGACAAGAAAAGCCAGGGAAGGAAUCAUGGAGUUUUUACUUGUCAAUCAUCCAUUAGACUGUCCAAUUUGUGACCAGGGUGGCGAAUGUGACUUACAGGACCAAUCAAUGGCCUUUGGCAGUGAUCGUAGUAGAUUUGUUGAUAAUAAGUUUUCUGGUAAGAGAGCUGUUGAAGAUAAAGACAUAGGACCACUUGUUCAAACUAUAAUGACAAGAUGUAUUCAUUGUACAAGAUGUGUAAGAUUUGGUAAUGAAAUAGCUGGUGUUGAAGAUCUAGGAUCAACUGGAAGAGGCAAUGACAUACAGAUUGGUACAUAUGUUGAAAAAAUGUUCUUAUCAGAGCUGUCGGGGAAUAUCAUUGAUCUUUGUCCUGUGGGUGCUUUGACGUCCAAACCAUACGCAUUCACAGCCAGACCAUGGGAAACUAGAAAGACAGAAUCAGUUGAUGUGAUGGAUGCAGUCGGUAGUAAUAUUGUUGUUAGUACUAGAACUGGAGAAGUCAUGAGAAUCUUGCCAAGGCUGAAUGAGGAUAUCAAUGAAGAAUGGAUUUCAGACAAGACUAGGUUUGCAUAUGAUGGUUUGAAACGACAGCGGCUAACAUCACCAAUGAUUAAGUAUGAUGAGGGUGUGUUAACACCAUGCAGUUGGGAAGAUGCCUUCAUGCGCAUAUCAAGUGUACUCUCUGAUGUCAAAACUAAUGAAAUAGCGGCUAUUGCUGGAGGCAUGGUUGAUGCAGAGGCUUUAAUGUCAUUGAAAGAUUUGCUCAACAAGAUGGGAAGUGAAUCACUGUGUACAGAAGAGAUAUUCCCAAUGGAUGGUGCUGGGACUGAUCUGCGUUCCAACUAUCUGCUGAACACAAGUAUUGCCGGAAUUGAAGAAGCUGAUCUCUUGUUGCUGGUGGGAACUAAUCCUAGAUAUGAAGCUCCAUUAUUAAAUUGCCGUAUCAGAAAAAGUUGGCGACUUAAUGACUUGGAAGUUGCUGUAGUGGGAUCUAAAGUGGAUUUGACCUACACAUAUGAUCACCUUGGUGACUCCACCACUGUCCUUAAAGAUAUUGUGGAUCGUAAACACCCAUUCUGUAAAAAGCUGGCAUCUGCCAAACGACCCAUGGUGGUGAUUGGUAGUGGCGCUUUACAGCGUAAAGACGGCCAGGCUAUCCUGUCAGCAGUGACUAAUAUUGCACAGUCUGCGAGAGCUAGUGGACAGGUGGAUGAAGGAUGGAGGGUACUCAAUGUACUUCAUAGGGUAGCAGGACAAGUUGCUGCUUUAGAUCUUGGUUACAAAGCAGGCGUGGAAGCUAUUCGUAAUAACCCACCCAAAGUACUCUUCCUGCUUGGCGCUGAUGAGGGCACUAUAACACGAGAUGAUCUUCCCAAAGAUUGUUUUGUUAUUUAUCAAGGGCAUCAUGGUGAUAGUGGUGCUAGUAUGGCCGAUGUCAUCUUACCUGGUGCUGCAUAUACAGAGAAAGUUGGCACUUAUGUUAACACAGAAGGCCGGGCACAACAAACAAAACUAGCUGUUACACCACCAGGAUUCGCUAGAGAUGAUUGGAAGAUCAUCCGGGCGUUAUCUGAAGUACUUGGCUAUACGUUACCUUACGACGAACUACACGAAGUGAGAGAUCGUCUCACAGAAGUCUCUCCUAACCUGACAAGAUACGGGGAUGUGGAGGACGCUAAUUAUUUUAAACAAGCUGAGGAAUUAUCUAAGAAUAUUAAACAACAGCUGUUGAAUACACCACUUGCAAGUCAACAACAGAGUCUCAAAGACUUCUACAUGACGGACACUAUCAGUCGAGCAUCCAAGACUAUGGCCAAAUGUGUGAAAGCUGCGUCAACUGAAGCUGAGCAACGAAAAUAAAAACAUGUAAAAAUUUAAGAAUUGUAUAUUUUAGUAUAUUGUUAGUGAAAAUUGAUGCUUGAAUUUUGUUUUCUUUUUUAAAGACACUCAGAGUUGGCAUUUUGUAAAGCCCAUUGUUGACCGGGUGGUACCAUCAGUUUAUGCGACAAUGAGUUAGAUGCAGAAGAGAUAAUAAUUUGAAUAACGCACGCAGAUUUGUUAAACUUGCUGCUUGUACGUCAUUUAUUGUCACAGGAUAGUUUUCCAGGGUUGUUGUCUUAUCUUUUAUAUCAACCACACAUCGUGCAUAGUUUAUGAAAAACCACUCUCAAGUGCUGGACAAAUGAUAUGUGUGUGCAUGUUCAGUUUAAUUUGAUUUGUUGGUUGAUUAAAGAACAGAUAAAAAACA